UAUGACGAAGUUAUUGGAAUGGAUUUCUGUGAUAUCAGCGGUGUUCGCCGUCUGGUAUUCCCUCAUCGGAGGUUAUGUCAAACAUCCCCUCAUUGAGAACAAUAUGAACUUGGUUCUGGUAUCGCCGGUGAUCUUCGUGAUAUUAUUCGGGCUGUACGCGGCGUCUGUCGUUUUAUACCGGGUGUUUACUUUCAACAACUGUGAGGACGCGGCAAAAGAGCUCCAACUCGAAAUUGCAGAAGCAAGAAAGGAUUUACUUGACAAAGGACUUAAAUGGUGAUUCUGUUAAAUUACUUAGCUAUUAUAUUUAAGAUAAACUGCUGUAGUUGUUACUACGGAAUGAUGUAAAUUUUGAAUAAAUAUAAUUUAAUUUA